AUUUAUAAUUGCCUAGAAUGCUCUUACUCCCCUCCCUCCCCCAAUUGCAGCACAAUCUCGUACUCUUUGCCUUUUGUUAAAAUUAGUUCAAACUAAACUUUGGGUCACACCAGUUUCAGCUAACACAGCUAAAAAUCACAGAACACGUAAAAUCAGAAAGCUUCUUGCCAAGGCUGGGGAGCAUAGAAUGGAAAAUGUCCAGCCAAGCUCUAUUGUGCUGUCUUCUUUUAAAAGAAAUAUUACUGUCACUUGAUGGAAGAAGCACAACAUGUGAAUAAAAUUAAUAGUGAUUCCUCAGUGAGUGUUCAGCUAAUACAGCAGUAUUAUAGCUCCAGGGAUUCGAAAGGCCGAAAUCUGCCUUCAGAAAUGUGCCCAGGACUUCUUUUGAAGUUAAUGGAAACUACACACAUUAAUCCAAGGGCAGAAUUUGGCUUGUAAGUAUGUCACCGUCAUCUUCUUUAUUUCCAUGACGUGUUUAUUCCAGAUCAACUUUCAAAAUGCACCUUGGAAAGUUGCUUAAGGUGUGAUUUUUCAGAGGUGCUGAGUACCCAAAACUUCCACUUGAAGUCGGUGGGAGCUGCAGGUGCUGAGUAAUUAGGCCCUCAUGUCCCUUUUUGAAUCUCACCAUCUGUGAAACAAGAGUACAUAAUUAGGCCAUGAUCAAUAUCCCACUGAAGUCACUGUGAGCCUUUCCACUGCCUUUGGAUCAGGUCCGCAGCUACGUCAUGAUGGUGUUUGUUCAAACAUUGAUUGAUGAGCGUGAAGCAUUUCUAAAGUAUGCCACCUGGGAACUUAAUAACUGAGGCCCACGUGAUAAAAACAUGACUCAUGUUCUAAAAUGGGUCUUGCAUCACUGCAACUAUUUCAAUAUUCAUUCCUUCAAAAGGUUUGUUUCUUAGAUCCGCAUUAAAAUAACAGAUCAAAGGGCUGUUCUUAGAAGAUGGCCCCUUCACUCCUGAUGCAAGUUUGCCUUUUGAAGCUCAUGUCCUCCACCUGCUCUGAACGACUAAGAACUGCUCUGGUGUUAGGGGACUGGACUGAAAGGGAGAGUCUGGCAAAGAUAUGCCAAAGUUUGUAGGUAGAACUAGGCAUCAUUUAGCCAUAAUCUAUCCCUGUCCAAGGUAAAUUCACUACUUUCAUUUAGCAUCUUCUUCAUGAGCAUGGACUUAGAACUCAUGAACUGCACAGCAAAAACACAUGGAAGGGCCUUUUAUGGCCCAUCAGUUUAGCAUUCUGAACUGCACAGCUCUGUAAGGUAGUCUGGGGUAGAUCCUCAACUGCUGUAAAUUGUUGGAGAUGUAUUGUUGUCAAUGGAGCAAGGACAAUCCAUAUCCACUAAGGGUCUGCCCCUCUGUCUGGAAGAGAACACAGCGCUGGUGGCAGAGACCAUCCCAGAGGUGGAAGCAGUAUCGUGGAAGUGAGUGAGGUCUGUUUUCUGGUCAUCUGCUAUAGAUUAACAACUGCACUGAGGUUAAGAAAUCUGCAUAUUUACAUUCUGAAUAAUGACUUUCUCAGUACAUCAGGUGACAACGUGGUUCCAUUAACAACCUGUGUAAAUAACAAGGUGCAUCCACUUUAUCUAUAUUAGUGUGAUUUUUAUUAUUACUACGUGUUCCAGUGGACAAUUGGUGCUCCCAAGGCAUUCUCUGGUGUUUUACCACUGUGCAGAAACUGGAGUCAUUCGAAGGGCAGCCAAAUGGCAAACAUUGUCUUUACUGUAAUUAGUUAGCUAAUUUAAUACAUUUGGAUGUCUUGUUUUGCUGCACAGAUUCUCCCUUCCUCUUACAGGUUUCAAAAUGACAAACAGCUCCUGCAAAAAUGUAUUAUACAGCAGAGCAGGAAGCUAAAAAGAUGAAGAAGCAUUAACUACAGCAGGGGGUGGCAGCCUUGGCACGUGGCUCAUCAGGGUAAUCUGCUGGCGGGCCACGAGACAUUUUGUUUAUGUUGACCGUCUGCAGGCACACUCUCUUCCCCCAACCCACCGUACAGCUCCCAGUGGUUAGGAAUGGGGAGCUGCAGCCACUGGGAGCUGCGGGAGGCCGUGGCUGUGGACGGUCAACAUAAACAAAAUGUCUCCCGGCCCGCCAGCUGAUUACCCUGCUGGGCCACUUGCCAAAGGUUGUAGACCCCAAACUACAGUAUAUACAUGCUUCUACAAACUAGCAUUGUAAUUCUGAGCUCUAGAUUAGAAACCUGAGCCAAAAAACAAUCUCGCUGUAUGUGAGGAAAUUCCCCAGUCAUUUGUUUAUAGGACAUAAGCAGCUGCAAGAUACAGCUAUGUGACCUGUGCCCUUUAUUGUCAGACAUGACCCUGGUGCCCUCCAGUCUCAAGGAGACACGGAAUUGUCUCAGCAAUCCUUGAGUCUCUGUGGGGAAGUCCCAGUUUUCUUAGGGGUUUCAGAGGGAUUUCCACAGCCGCUUCCACUUUCCUUUGUGGCCACGACCUCCCCCCACCCACAGCUACGCUGCAUGGAAAAUGGACAUCUUACGCUCGUCAGUAAAACUUGUGUGCAGGAGACAGAGCUGUUGUGCAGAGGCUUGCACUCUAAGUUGCCCCAAGUAACAAAAGUUCAACCCAGCCUAUUACAAAAAAUUGCUUAUAAAAGUCAGCAAACAGUUAGACGGACUGAAUUUGUCCAGAUGAAAAGGUCUACUGACGCCACCCAACGACUGUGUUAAGAUCAUAAGUAGUGAGCAAAGGCGAAUGGAAUCAGAAAUCAGUGGACCAAAAUCAGGGUGUCAGAAGUUAGGUGUAAGUGGUCAACAAAAUAAUGAGGGGAUGGACUAUUCCAUCCAUCACCCUCUUCUUUGGAGUCCUUACGAGACUUUGGGGGGAAUCAUGAAGCUGGGGUAGAGAUGGGUGGACUGGAAGGAGCGAGUGUUACCAUCAUGGUUGCCACCCCCACUUCUCCUGGGUCCCUAAAAUCUACCAUGAUACCAUUGGUUCUUUAUUGUCCUGAUCCUGAAAGGCAUCCUGACCGGUCUGGGCCAGAGAGCGAGAACCAAUGACAGCGCUACUUCCACUGGCUUUGGCUAAAUCCUGAACAACACCUGAAAUGUGAGCUGUGGAAUCGUGCUGUCGCUCCCUCUCUUCUUUCAUUUUUUUUCGUCUUUUUUUUCCUUACGUUUAAUAAGUGCCCAGCUUAGCUGGCCAAGGCUGCAUCUUUUGCAACACUGCUAUGAGCCUGGAACCAGCAAGGCUGCUAAAAUCAAUGCCUUAAACACCCUAAUGCUAGCCCAAGUUUGCCAGGUUUCAUAGAUGCUGGUCAGACCGAGCGUGGAGCCUGUGUUUCUCUAGUAGUGAGGUAGCAAGGAAGAGUUUGCACCAGACAUCAGCUUCAUUGUUUAUGUCUGAUUUUGGAAGCAAGUAGUUUUUAAGUAAGGUGAAACUUGGGGGUACAGUAGUCUGGAAAAGUUGAGAGCCACUGAUCUAAAUGACUUACUAGUCUGUGUUUCCUUAUUUAAAAACUCUCGACAGCUAAAGCGAAUGAACUUUCAAGGGGUAUUGUUAAACUAAAACCUCACUUAAAGCAAUUAAAAAUGUAAAGCAUUAACUGUUCUCUUUCUUCCUAACAAAAGGUUAUAAAGUUUUAGUUUUGUAAUGGUAGCUGUUGCCAUUGAACUGAGCAGGCUGAGAUCUUUGCACCCAAAACCGCAAACCGUGUUUGACUGUUUAGUGUUCUGCAGUGACAGGGUCAUGUUAACCGACCUCUGGCUUUCUGGGCCCACUUAUUCCAUCAUGGCACAUGGCCCACAGCUGUGACACUAGUACCAGAAUUGAUCAGGAUGAGCACAAAGCACAGCACGUGCAGAUCAAGCUGCGUAAGCCUCUCCUUCACUCUAGCUGUGCCUCCUUAGCGCCAACAAACCCCACAACGAACCCCUCUCCUGAGAAGAGUCACUCUGUCAAGAUGGUCCCUCAACCGGGCUCUUUGCAUUUUGUGGCUGGUGCCUGUCCUGAGGGUGGGGGAAGGUACCUGGAGCAGACACUUUGGGUGGCCUGACUGAGUCGAGAGGGAGGAACUGGAGGCUGUAGCACUAAAGCAAAAGCUUAUAUUUUUAACCGCUUUUUUUCUUGUCUGCUUUAUUUUCUUGUUAUAUGGCAGCUUCCUUACUGGAGGUUUGCAACCAUGGUGGCCCUUCGGUAUGAUCCUCUGCUAAUCUUUGGAUGAACAGUCCUUUUGAUCCACCCAGAAUACCACAUCAUCCAUGCGAAAUCUUUUUCUGCUAUCAACUUUCCCUUCCACUGCCCGUACCAGGGGAAAAUGCCAUCUAAGUACUUUCAGGAACACAACAAACGGAAGUUCUCGGAUUCCCUUAACAGCCAGCGCUGGAGAUUCUUGAAAAGUGGCCUGGACGAUUUCAGAAGCGGCUUCCCUCCGCCAUCUGACAACAUCUUCAUCUGUGGCACAAAGGGGCCCGUACCGAUUGUUCUGCGUAAUCCCGCAUCUGAUGCUUCACGCAUGGCCCAGCAGAAGGGAAGGAGGAAGUGCACCAAAACCCAAGUCAGCCCUUCCAAGCUCAGUCCAUUGCAGAAAUCCAGGCGGGAUCACAUUGCACAGACAGAAUACUGCCUGAUCCAACACCCCCUAGCACUCUACCCUCAUCUGGAAGAAAGCGUCCCUCCAGAGCUUUUCGAAGAGGUUGUGGGCAUCCUGGAUCCUGAGAUGCGCUUGAAUAGGGAAGGUGGAUAUGAGGAUUGUGACCGGGAGAGCCACACUCCUCAGCAAGUGCUGUAUCAGCUGGAGGAUGGGAAAAGUAAAGAGGCAUGUCCCAGGUCAUCAGCACUUAGCAAAGAGUCCAAAGACAAGAAUCCGCAGUGCACCUACCUGUCCAAGAAAGAGGUAGCAGCAAGGGAAAAGGAGGCCAGUCUGAGCUACAUUCCUCCCCUGGAUGAGAACGUAAGGCGAGUGACUAAGGAGUUUUGUGACUGGGUGGCUUCUUUGGGAGGAGAAAAAUACAAAGUGGAUGAAGCCACCAUUCUGAGCUUGUUUGACACUGGAUAUGAAACCAAGCUGGUGCUGUCUGUGCCCAUCCAUGUUGUGGAACUAAACAACGUGCCAGCAGAGCUGAGAAAGUAUGUGGGUGUUUCACCUCCACUGACUGCUGUCAAGAGUCCUCUUCGUACCAGGUGCCAUCCAGGCCUUGCCAAGGGUCCAUCCCAACCAAAAUGGGAGAAGAUCAGGUAUGGAGCCUGGUACCUUGAACCAAAAACAUGGAGAAAACAGAGAGCAAACGAACCUUUAGAGGAUCCAAACACAGCAGUUGAUGCCUUUCAGAAUUUAAGGAACCAGUUUGGUGAAAAGGAGGCAGAGCUCAUGCAGCUCCAUGGAACACACGCUUUUAAGGAAUUCCUCGAAAGGAAGGGCUACCGGAAGCCUGAGUUCCUUCUGCGGAUGCUGGCUGCAGGGGAUGCUAAUGGAGCACAAGAGUGGACUUCAAAGGGCUACAAGAAUGAGUCUCUGAAGAGACCCGAGGGGAUCAGAGAAGGAUCUUCCUCCACAAUUGUUAAUUAACACAGCGUUCGGACUUUAUUCACAAGAAACAGAAGAACUCGUGAAGCUACUCCUGGAAGCGCCCGUAAUAGUCAUCUCGAAGAUAAGUUGAUUGUUUCCUUCUUUAGAAGUUGCUAGUCAAAUAUAGUUUAAAGAGAACUACUUGGAUUAAUGAAUUCCAGACACAUUCCAGCUGUCCUGGCUGCUCAGCCACGGUAAAAGCUGGCUGGGACACCCGGUUACGUUCGAGAGAUUUCAGCUCGAUUCUGCUGCCCUAAUUUGGUUAACAAUCAUGGUCUGGUUUGUUACUUGCUAAGUACUCAUUGCUGUACAGAGCAGAAGGAAGUUGAAGUUGUCCUCUCCCGUAAGGAGCUUGCAAUCCAGCAACUAGAUUGUUUCUUUAGGUGCAUAAAUGUUACCAAUCUAGGUACCCCCAAGAAGCAUAGUGUCUCAAACCAAGUCUACGCUAGACAAGCUUUGCCUUCAGAGGAAACCCACCCAGUGCUCUGGACAGUGUAGCGUAUACCGUUCCCCAAGUGAAAUAAGUUGUACGGCAAAAACACUUCUAGGACACUGUCUACGCUAUGGCUUCUACUGGUAUAGAAAUUCAUUUUAAAAGAAAAAUCACCCCCUUUAACCAAUGUUGUUGUAUCAGCAAGAGUUCUAGUGAAGACCGGGCCUCAGAGGCAGAAUUUCUGCCCUGCUUACUGUUUGCACCAGGCAUAGGUGUGGGAAAUAAGGGUGCGGGGGGUGCUGCAGCACCCCCAGGUUUUGUGCCCGGCCACUGGCCCUGCACCUCUGCCGCCCACCAUCCCGGACACUGGCCCCUGCCGCCCACCAUUCCGGCUGCCGUCCCCUCUGCUGCUCGGGGGCUCCACUGCCAGCCCCGGGUCCCGCUCAGCCACUUGCCCCGGAUCCCACUCAGCCACUUGCCCCUUGCCCAGGGGCUCCGCUGCUGGCCCCAAGGUCCCACCUGGCCACCAGCCCCAGAUGCAGGGUCCCGGCCGCUGGCCCCAAGGUCCUGUCCCCCAACACCUGGAUCCCGGCCACUGGUCCCUGGGUCCUGGCCGUCAGCCUUGGGAUCCUGGGCACUGGCCUCGCAUGAGAGGGCCUGGCUGCCGGCCCCACACCUGGGGCUCCACACCCGCCUCUAGCUGGGGACUCAGCCUCUGCCGCCUUAUCCCUGUCUGCGUCCCCUCUUCCCGGAGCCACAGCCCCGUUCAUCUGGAUGUACAUUUCAGUCUUUACCGCAGAUUGUCCAGCCAGCCAACCCUGCUUCCAGCUUUGGAAUAAAUGUAAAUUUCCCUUUACUAAAAGGGUCUCUAAAAAGCUAGCAAAAAUCUCUUUCUUCGUCUCAAACUAGUGGGAGCAGCCCCACACAGUUACAAAUUAAAAUGAGGACAACUCACCUCCCUCCCAGUGUCUAGGGACAAAAAUAGUUCUGGUCAAUACAUCCCUGUGGGUCCUGACACAGAAAUUAUUGCAAAUGGGAGAUGCCCUGGAAAAGAACCAUGUCUGAUCUGAUAGGCCAACGGCAAAGACGUUGGGGGGGGCACCAUCUACCACAGUGGCGGCAUCAGCAGCAGGAAGCCCUGCCUCACCGAAGUGGUUAGAUAAAGAACAGAGAUGGAAUAUUUUCUUAAUGACAGUCAUGUCUAUUGCAUCAGACACGAUUACUCACAUAUCCCAGUCCUGCAAGCUACAUAGUGAUCUAAAGUCUUUGCCAAUUAACGUAUCCCUCAUCAGUGUUCCAAGAUUCGCUAGGCAGCACCUAAGCGCUCUCCUCCUCUAACACGAACAGAGACCUAGGAGAGCCUGUGUUAUAAACGGCCUCUUCCCAGCAUGUUGUGCUAAGAGGAGAUGAACUGUUUCCUCACUCCAUCAGUAGAGCGAACCUGCUCUGUAUUACUUCCCUGGGUGAAUUCUUCAGCCAGGGAAGGACCAAUCUCUCAGCCGGUUUUCUGUUUGGCUGGUUUGUUUGCUUGGUUGGGGCUUUUUGCCUAAAACCAGGCCACCCCAUCUGAUAAUGGGUAGGGGGAAUCUGAGGUCUAGUUACCCCUUCUUCAGUCUCAGGGUCCUGAAUAAACAAUUUGGAGGGACUCAGUCCUGCUUUCUUAAAAAUGUGGCGUGAAAUCCUGGUGCUACUGAAGUCAAUGGAGCCAGGAUUUCACCCAUGGUGUUUCCUACCUCCCAGGGAUGGCUUGCUCUGUUACAAAUGGUUAUUAGAUGAGGUGGGUUUUAGCCCACGAAAGCUUAUGCUCAAAUAAAUUUGUUGGUCUCUAAGGGGCCGCAAGUCCUCCUCGUUCUUUUUGCUAAAACAGAAGAGAGGGUCUGAGCAUGUAAACCUGCUAGGAAAAGCCUCCUGUUCCUCUUUGCUUUGCUUUUCCCCCCAGACUAGAUUCCUCUGUUGGUGUUACUGGGCGCCCCCAACUGUGCUUCAGUAGGGAUUUGGGGACCUAGGCUCCAGUUCUGCUCCCUUGGAAAUAAAAGGGAAAACUCCCAUGGACUUCACAGAAGCAGUACAGGGCUUCUAGUGAGUGAUGUGGAGGUAACCUCAUGAGUGUGGGCUUAUUGCAUGUCUUCUGGGACUGUCUUCUUUAUUGAAACCAAAUUUGUGCCUUCUUCUAACCCCACUUUAUUGGGCAUAAUAUUCUGGGUGGGUUUUUUACACCCUCUGAGAGCACGCGCCCCGCUCUGGUUGUGUAGAACCAGCUAUGGGCACAGUUAUUCCUACAUUUUCAAAGCACUACCCCAGCUUUUGCCCAUGAGACUUCCAGUAAAGUCCACUUGAAUCCCCCUGGUCUGGGGGGACCACUCUCUGAGCCCAGGUGGGCAGAGUCAGGCUGUGCCCACCCCUCCCACCGGAAGUUAAGAGGCGGAACCAGAACUAUAAAGGGCAGGUGCUGGACCUCAGUUGGGCGGCAGCUGCCGGAGGAGACAGACACCUUCUGCCCGUUCCUUAGGCUGGACACCGAAGAGGAGCCCUGCCGAGCUGAGGGCUGGCCAGAGCUGCCAGUCAACCAAGAAGUCACUGGGACUGCUGCUGGCCAUCUACCUCGGAGAAAUGGUCAACACCCACAGAUCCAGGUACACCCCGAGGGGAGGAAGUGGCCCAGCGACAGCCAACUCCAAUGCUGCCUGAAACCUGGUCGGUGUGUUCCGGCUAGGAUCCCUGCUGACCCAGUCCCCUCUGCCACUGUUAGGGCCCUGGGCUGGGACCCAGUGGAACAGGGCGGGCCUGGAUCUCUCUUCUCCCCCACCCCACCCCGCCACUCCACCCCUGGGGUGGCAGCCUCCCCCCUUUAGGCAAAGAGGCCUGCAUUUAUCGGCCGUCCCACCAGAGCCAGGACGCCCGACUAUUUGGUGCUCUGCACCUGAGCCCCUGAACCUUUACUGCUCUGCCCUGCCUGAGGGCUGGAGCACACAGACUGUUUACAGCCUGAAAGCCAGAGCCCCUUCAAACUGUGAGUCUGCUCCCCCCGGAGCCUCACACCAGACUUCGCUAAUUCCAUGACCGUGGGCAGCGCCCACUGGCUUCCCACUGACACAGAGGAGGUGACCACCGCUAAUCCACUACACUCUGGAAGUCUGUGGCAGAGCAGGGAAUUGAACUCAAGUGUCUCAAGUCCUAGGCUAGUGCCCUAACCACUGGACUGUCCAUCCUCAGUCUCAUUCAAGUGUGACUCCCAGGCACACCCAAAACUCCCACUCUCUUAAAGGCCUUACUCUGAUAUUUUACCACUAGGAAUUUGUUGACAGUCAGAAAGGACCACAGUGGAUGCUAAGCCCUGCCCUGACACAAGGAAUAUUGAACUUUUGUAACCCUGACCCUAACAGGUGACUGAAGUCCGGAAAUAAAAUUCCGUCUCUUCCCAGUACUCUUAUGUGUCACAAAGCUCCUACAUGCUUAAUACACUGACAUUAGCAAAAGCCCAGAAUCUCACAACAAGAUGCUCCAAGUUCCUGUGUCCACAUUUUAGUCCCCAAAUAAGUGGUCUGGCUUUCAGAAGUACUGCGUACCCAGAAAGUCACUGAUGUCAAGAGUGCUUUCUCCUUAACCAUGUCAGUACACUAUAGAAAUAUUUUAUCUUGAAGGCUUUCUUCCUCCUUUGUGUUUUUAUUUCUUAAUUAAUCUGAUGAAGUAUCUUAUUUCAUAAGCUGGAAAAAAUAAAAGUUGACAUGUAUGCCAUUUAAUGCCAGGCUGUGAUAUAAAUUGGCU